GGGAAGAAGCAUAUGAUAGAUUAAGCAAUAUAUUGGAGGACUCAAAGUGGAGUGUUUGUGAAUAUAAAAAUUGGCAACAAACUUGGGUGAUUUUAGUAUCUCAAGACUCAAAUCAGUUAUAUAAUUUUUCUAUGCAGCCAAAGAUAGAAAUUUAUUGGAAAUAUAGGCAAAUAAAAGAUGAAACAAAUUAUAUUUCAGAAGCAGGAUACAUGUCUUUAAGUUUUGUAAUUGAUCAAAUAUAUUUUUAA